AGACAGCCUGAAGUAUGAUAGGAGCAGUGACACAGAGGACAACCCUCUCACUCCAAACUCUAGAAGAGAUGUGGACAUCUGAACAAUCCCAGAACGACAUACUAUCUGCACUAACCCCAACACUUACCAAGAUACUGCUGAGAAAAGAUCAGAACUUGUUUCUUGACACGAUGAAGUUUGUUGCUAUGUUGGUUGCAGAGGUAUACGAGAAGGUAGAGAAGACAACACUUUGUGGGUUUACAGAGAGGUUCCUCGCUGCAGCUAAUACCACGGCUAACAGAUAUUAUAACAGCCAUACCUUCGAUCAGAGCAGGUAUCUGGACUGUGUGUCAGCUAUCUUAUCAGUGUGGGUAGAUUGCACAGACCAGCAACAUCUCGUCAUUCCUAAAGUUACAGUUUACACAAGGGAGUCUAAAGUUCAUAUUUUAGAUGCCAUUCUCCAGUCUCUCCAUCUUAAGUCACAAACGAAAGAGAAGUUGUUGGAUCAGAUUUCCUCACUUUCUGAUGUUGAAAUAUUCGUCAAAUACACGAUUAUUGGCCGAGCGUCUCCCAAACACCACUUACAUUCGCUAUCAGAACAACCAUCAGAAGACAUAUUCAGGUGUUGGUUACUGAAGCACAACAUAACAACUAUUGGGUCAAUCUCAGACUUUCUAGCUAGCAGCAGAUCUGACGAGGAUCUUCUCUCUGCUAUGUGCAGACCCUUUUAUAGCUUGCCUCAAGUAUUGUCGGACAGUACGGAAGUUGUGGAAGAUACUGAACCUGAAGUUAAUCCGGAUACUUUAUUCUACUUUGAUAGAGGUAAUCAUUCUGAGUCUCGAGAGGAAACUAGCAAGCCUGCUGAGGACGAGAUUCCAGAGGACGAGAAGAUGUCAGUUGAUGAUAGCCCAAAGCCUGUACUUGCACCCGCUGAUACAAUCGUCGGAGCAGAAGCAACUGUGGUUGAAAACAAAGCAGAAUUAGAGGAAAUCCAGCCUUGCAUCGAGAAUGAAACGCAGAGCGAAACUGUAGCGGCGGUUGAAGAACCAGUUGCAGAGCCAGGGUUAACGGAGUCGUGCAUUAAAAUCAGGAACCGUCGAAAAGGUCGCGGUAAUCCACCGAUACCAACACCUGAAUCUGAAGUGAUAGUGGUAAAAUGUCCCACUACUCGGCCAGUUACUCCAGCUGCAGAGAAGGUAGACGAACUGAAUAUGACAGCUCCACUUACAGAGGAAACAUUAUCGUCCCUACCGGAUAAACCCUCUGUUGUCAGGAGUGGUCGGAGGAGGAGGAAUUCCGGGGAGAGUGCCACCAGUAUUGGAAGUGCGGCAAGUGUUGAUAGUAUAGCCUCCCGCACUCGAAACCGAGCUCGUGCACCUGCUCCUGAAUCCCUUGAAGUUAUCACUGAACACGAAGAAACAGCGAAGGCCCUGAGUACAAGAAAACUGAAAACUCCAACAGUGAAAGGUACACCAAAGGCAAAGCAGUCCACCGCGUCUAAACGUGGGACAUCUCGUAAGGUUUCUGAAACAAUCGAUGAAACUCCUCAAAUUCCCGCGAGAAAAACCAGAAGUCGAAAAUUGGACGUUUGACGUUAUCUAGAACAGAGUUUUAAUGUUGAUGGGACUUAAUUUAUUCUUAAUUUAUUAAUCUAUUUAGGGAUAUUUAGGGAUAAGCAAUGCUGUCGUGUGUUCAUGCCCACUCCGUAGAGUUCCUUUACAAUAUCUUACGUAUUAUUAUGAGCUGUUACGUUUUUGCGGCCGAUCUCAGCGAUUGUUGGUCUCAGGACCAAGAGUAUUCAGUUUGCAUCAGCACAUGUAAGCAUCCCAAGUAUGCAUCGCGCUUUAUGUCAGAAGUGUCUGAUAAAUGCAAUUUACCCAAGUCUUUACUAAACUGUCCUCUAUUCGAUUUCCCAGAGCAAGCUCACUAUUGUUGCAAGUGCGGAGCGCUACACGUUCAGAGUUUGAGUUCAUUUCCCCGAACGUUUAAAAUAUUUUGACCUGCUGUACUAAAAUUUGUGACCAGACCAAAUUAGGUUAUAACAGUCAACUCGUCGGCGGAAUGCAACAUUUAGUCGGGUGAUGUGAAUUUUGGAGCUGAGUUUGUUGCAGCGGAGAGCAUUUGUCUUUAUAUCAUUAUGAGAAUGAGACAGCAGUACAUAUUAUUAUUGCAUCGUUUUGUCGUGACAUGCUUUUCAGCUUCCAUCUUUUAAAGUUAGAGAUUAAUUAUCAAUAAUAUGUAAGUAAUUCUGGGUGAAUAUGUCGGUGUCAUAUGUAAUAAUUUUACCUAUCUGUUUCACUUUUUUAGAAAACUUAA